AUGGGUCCAGUUCGUUUGCCUUCGUUGGUGCAAAAUGUGAAGCAAAUUUUGAGAGUUAAGUCUCACAACCAUGAAGUUCCGAAAGGGCAUGUUGCAGUUUAUGUGGGAGAGCAAAUUGAGAAGAAGAGGUAUGUGGUGUCAGUAUCUUACUUGAACCACCUUUCAUUCAAGGACUUGCUUAAGCGAGCUGAAGAUGAGUUUGGCUUCAAUCAUCCGAUGGGCGGUCUCACGAUUCCGUGCAGAGAAGAGACCUUUUUUGAUCUUAUUGCUCCUAAGUUGGGAGCCAGAAUACUAAGUUAA